AUGCCUGAAAAUCACCACACUAUGUGCAGGUACUUCAACAAGAAUGGGUGGCCGCAUUCGUCGUUUCUGACCACCCCUCCAGCAACAGAUGCUGACAAGGACUUGCUUAUAGACACGCUGCAGGUGAUACCUGGUAUAGGUGCAGGUGAUACCUGGUGCAGCCACAUCUCACCGCCUUCCGCUUGCCCCACUUGUUCCCCUUGCUCCGUGUGUCUCCUCCGCCAAUGCACUUUUGCCCCUACCAGAGUGACUCGCAAGCCGACUCAGAAGCCUCAUCUCACUGUGUGCCCCUCUUUCCCUCGUGUCUCUCUCUGCGUCCCUCCGUGCUCCCACCACACGUGCUCCCACCACACGUGCUCCCACCACACGUGCUCCCACCCCAUGUGCUCCUACCAGGAUUGGAAGACCGACAAAUACCAACAGAUGAUUGGGUCGGGGCAGGUGCCAGUGCGACCAGGAGUGGUGGAGUUGAUGGAUGAAGCGAGACAGAGGGGUCUGCUGGUGGCGGUGUGUUCUGCGGCCACCAAGAGCUCAGUCAUUUUCACUCUCACCAGCCUGCUGGGGAAGGAGAGGUUUGAGCGGCUGGAUUGCUUCUUGGCAGGUGACGACGUUCCAAAGAAGAAGCCAGACCCAACCAUCUAUAAGAUUGCAGCCCAGCGCCUGGGAGUCCCCCCCUCAUCGUGCCUGGUGGUGGAGGACAGUGUGAUUGGCCUGCAGGCUGCUCUGGGUGCCGGCAUGCCAUGUGUCAUCACCUACACACCGUCCACCAAGAGCCAGGAUUUCAAUGGGGCUGUAACGGCGUUUGAUGAUCUCGGUGGAGUUUCUUUGGAUAAGCUCAUUACUGCAUGCUCUGCUGUUGUGGCCUGA